ACUGGACCACUUUUUCACUCACCAACUAUAGCUAUCCUUACCUUCCAUACUUGGUUUGCUUCCAUUAAGGAGGCACGUAUUUAACUUGUCCACUACUUUCUUCCUCACACCUCUUUCUUUUUCAAGACUCUUGAAUGAAUUUUCUGCAAAAUUUGGUAGUUUAUUUGUGAAUGUUGUUGACGGAUUUGUGGAGUGUAUUGGAGUAUAUGGAUCGGAGUUGAAAAAUAAAAAUAAAAAUGGAGUCUUGGAGCUAUGUCUCUGGGGUUAAGGGUUUUGUGUCUGAGGAAUCUGUUUCUGUUGAUGAUGGAAUCACCCCAUGCAGCUGGAGUCAACAAGGAGUGAAAAAUCAACAAGUGGGUUCUCAAAUUAGAGAUGCUUUUGGUGGGGAAGAUGAGUCUAGUUCCAAUCACUCAAGUUCUACAUAUUCUAAAGAUUCAUUACUUAUUGAUUUGAAGCUUGGUAGAGGCAGAUUUCUGGAUGCGAAGAAUUUCAAUUUGUCUUCAACUAAGAGAAAUAGAGCUGGAGGUUUGACCUCAUUUUGCCAAGUUCAAGGUUGUGGGAAGGAUCUUACUUCCUGCAAGGACUACCACAAGAGGCAUAAAGUAUGUGAGAUUCACUCAAAGACUGCUAAGGUCAUUGUAAAUGGCAUUCAACAGAGGUUUUGUCAGCAAUGUAGCAGGUUCCAUUUGCUAGCUGAAUUUGAUGAUGGAAAACGCAGCUGCCGCAAGCGACUUGCUGGUCAUAAUGAGAGGAGAAGGAAGCCUCACACUGGUCUGCACUCUGGCAGAGCAGGAAAGCACUUUCAACCAUUUUCUGGUACAAGGUUUCAAGGUAGUUCCUUUGCAACAUCAUCCUUCAUUUGCCAGGAUAUACUUGGCAGCAGUCUUCUUCAUCAACCAAAACAUGAUAUGCAUGACUGGUAUAAGAAUGUAAAGGUUGAACAUUGUUCUGAUUACAGUCCUCAACUCACCAUGCCUUUUACAAAUAAACACUCACAACCUAGACCCCUUUUCACUUCAUACCAUACUGACAAACACUGUCCAGCUCUCCAUGAUGAAGGAAUAACAACUAUAACAAGAAGCAAAAAUAAUGAAAGUAGCAACUCAUAUCUGAAUGACAUUGGAGGCUCAGAUUUUGUUUCCCGCUCUCUGUUCCACAGCACCUCAAUAGGGAGCGAAGUCUUGAAUGUUAUGGACUCGGCCUCUCCUUUUCAAGGGAUAUCAAACUCUGGCUGUGCUCUCUCUCUUCUGUCAUCUCAAUCACAGGACUCAUCAAAUUAUUCAUCUGUAGUUCCUCCUAGUGCUCACCACCUUAUUACACCUCGCAGUAACACCCAUUACAACAUGACACAGACAUCUGAAUGUUUCCCAGGAGCUAGCCCAAAGGGUUCAACAAGUACAGUGUCCUAUAUUUAUAAUUUAUCUGAAGUAAUUUCUGCAGAGGGUCACCUGGAACAGAUGCUAAGAAACAAUUGUGGAAGUCUUCAAGGAUCAGAUUACGUGAACACCAGGAAUCUACUUUCUUGUGAAGAUGGUACCACUAUUGAUUUGCUUCAGUUGUCGUCGCAGCUUCAUCAAGUGGAGCAUCAAAGACAUUCCAUGAAAUGAAGCAGCAUGGCCACACUUUUUCCAGCCUCUGAAUACUUGAGCAGGUAACUAAAUAACGUUGGUAC